AUGUUCUUGUUUGAGGGAAGCAAACUGACUCCAGAGCAGAUUACAGAGUUUGUGAACAAAGGUGUGUUUGAAAUGUUCCACGAGAAGUGAAAUGGUGUAAAGAUUGAUGAGUUUGGGGAAUCAAAGAGAGAGCUGAGUCAAAUGGCCAAAGAUGAGGAUAAAGAUGGCAAAGGCACCUUUAGCUGUGACAGGUUUCUGGGUCUUAUGGCUCUUUACCAUAAACAGACAAAAAAACAGGAUGCUGAGUUUCGAGCUGCCUUUUAAGUGUUUAAUAAGGAGGCCAAGGGCUACUCUGACUGGAAUAUACUUAAGUAUGUUUUGAUGAAUGCUGGUAAACCUCUCAAUAAAGAAGAGGCAGAACAGAUGAUGAAGGAGGCUGACAAAGAAGGAGAUGGAACAAUUGAUUAUAAGGAAUUUGUUGCCAUGAUGACUGCAGACUCUUUCAAGAUGAAUUUUAGAAACAUGUGGCUGAACAAUGUGUACUGGAACCAAUCGGGGCGUGGCAUCAUUCUGCAGUUGACCAAUGAGAACGCAUUUAGACUCGGGUAA